UAACAAAAAAAAUUGGUUGAAUCAUUAUAGAUUUUUAUAUAAGUUAUUAAAUAUUUAUCAAAAUGAUAUCACGAAAAGGUCAGAAAGCGAUUAACGAAGGGGUAGUGGGGAAAUAUGUGAAGAAAGAUACACCACCCGAUCUACCAAUAAUAAAUGUCUGGACAACGGGAAAUAAUAGGAGACCUAGAAGCCAACCAUUUGCGGCUAGCGAUGGAGGGUCCCAAGCAAUGGAAAACAAGUUCGGUAAAGCUCAAACUAUGAGUGGUCAUGCUGGAAAGUACACGCCAAGUGAAUCAGUACCAAACUUAGCACAUAGGUUUGCAAGUUUAUCAACCAGUGAUGCAGCUAGUUCAUCCAGCAAUUAUAAUUCCCAGUAUCAUUUGGAUUUAAACAUGGCAUCACAUUCAACUCUAAAUGAAGUAGAUGAUUCAUUCAGCCGUCAGCCCAGCUACAGGUAUUAUAGGCAACAACAACCUGAAGAUCCUAUUUAUCAAAAUCAACAACAGGUUCAGCAACAGAAACAACAGCAGUACAGCUCCAGGGAGUCCAGCAUGCCGAGGAUCUCUUCAAAUCUGAGCAUAACACCAAGACUGCAUCCAACAUCACCACAUUCUAUACAUUUACAUACUUGUACUGAGUCUUACACCACAGUUAGUCAAUCCUCACCAAUAUAUUCAAACUAUGUGAAUGCGUCUGCACUCCCCUAUCACAACAAAGGUCCGGGUAGCAGCAUUAUCUCUAGUAAUCAAGGUUCGGAGGAAUGUGAACUGCCAUUGCCCCCGGGCUGGUCAGCGGACCGCACGUUGCGCGGCCGGCGGUACUAUAUGGACCACAACACGCAGACCACCCACUGGACUCACCCUCUGGAGAGUGUGCCGCAGCCUUGGCAGAGGGUUUCUACACCACAUCAUGGAGUAUAUUAUUUUAAUGAAAUAACUCAUCAAACAACAUAUGCACAUCCUUGUCUUGUUGGUGGUUGUUACUUAGUCAGCCCGCUUGUUCCUACCCUCGUACCACCAUAUCUACUUGAAGAGAUACCUCAUUGGCUCAUUGUUUAUUCUAAAGCGGAUCAAGAGCUAGAUCACAAGUUGCGUUGGAACAUGUUCCGUCUGAGUGAGCUGGACUGCUACUCGGACAUGCUGACGCGUCUCUACAAGCAAGAGUUGCAGCUCAUUGUAAUGAAGUAUGAGAGAUAUAGAUCUGCUUUACUGCAAGAAUUAGAGCGAAGAAGGCGCGCCAUCACUUACCACACACAUCCUAACUAUUGAGCUUAUUUUGUUGCCUUACAAAGCUGUGAUUUUAAUCAUAAGUGAUUAUGUGUAAUGUGAUUUUAUUUAGUGAUGUAAGUGCCUUAAAUG